AUACAAGGCAUGUAAAGAAUAUUCCACUUAAGGAGCUUUUUUCUGGUUUUCUCUUCUUCCCUCCACAUUCUUACCGUUUCAUUGACGAUUUAGUUACCCUAAAUUUUCAAGAAACGUAUAGUUUACGUUUCGAUUCAAUCGCCAUUAAUUACUUUUCUUGCAAAGUAAUGGAUGAUAAUGGGUUAAGGUUUCCUCGAUCAUUAAUGGCGGCACCAGUUUCAUCAUCAACAUCUUCUUCUUCAUCUUCCUCAGUUUCUUCUUCGGGUUCAUCCUCAAUUUUCACCAAUGUUCCUCUGAUUUCUGCUCUUAUUGCUUUUGUUUUUGCUCAAUCAAUCAAAGUUUUCACCACCUGGUACAAGGAAAGGAGAUGGGAUUUUAAACAACUGAUUGGUUCUGGUGGAAUGCCGUCAUCCCAUUCUGCCACAGUCACAGCUUUAGCAGUUGCUAUCGGGUUCCAAGAUGGUUUUGGUGGUUCUGUAUUUGCUGCGGCAGUGAUCUUGGCGUGUGUGGUAAUGUAUGAUGCAACUGGUGUGAGAUUACAUGCUGGACGGCAAGCAGAGGUCUUAAACCAGAUAGUCUAUGGACUACCUGCUGAACAUCCUCUUGCAGAAAGCAGACCAUUGCGUGAGCUUCUUGGACACACUCCUCCUCAGGUCGUUGCUGGUGGAUUCUUAGGCCUUGUUACAGCGACUAUGAUUUCGAUGCUCGUCAGUUUUGCUAGCAAGAUUUCUUCGUAAAAGAGAUCAUCAUCAUUCAUGACACGUUUGAGUCACAACUGAAAGUAACCUGCAUAUAUCCGUAUAUCCGUACAUUUGAUGGCGUCAAACUCGAAUUCGACAUAUAUAUCGGAGAACUAGUUUUGUUAGUCAUUAGAGGUGUUUGCUAUACAAUGCAUCAAAAAGAUGUAAACCUCUUAAUUUUUCAAGCUAAAUUGAAAUCUAUGAAGUUGGAAGAAGGGACUAAAGGAGUGUUUUCCUUGAUUGUAAUUGUUCAACAUUGAUGAACUCGUUGGAUUGGAAUGAUCUCUUAGAAAGUUCAGCCUCAUUUUGCCUUUAUGGGGCAUUUUUUUGUCGAGACUUUGUGAUCAUUGGCGAAGCCAUACUCAGUGUCGUUUCUGACAAUUGUUGGGCCCUAGACGAAAAUAAAAACAGGGCACUUAUAUAAACAUAGUUUAGUUA